ACAAUUAAUACAUUUUAGUUGCAAUUAUAAUAACUGUAAUAAUAGUUGACUUAUUAUGUGAUUAUAAUAUUGACUACAAAUCAUUGAAGUGUGAUAUUUGUUAGACUUUGUCUUGUUUUCCAUACAAUCGUUGUCUGCAAUGUUGAGAGCAAUGAGUGGUUUAUAAAGAAAUGUAAACAAUCUAUGAGUGGAUUAUCUGGCGAUUAAAUUGUGGCCAAAAUGUUGGCUCAGACUCACCGGAUGAUAGGUCUGUGCUCGAGCGCCAACUUCAUCAACGCUGCCGACCGUAUAAUUAUGCCGAUGGCUAUCAUAUCAAUGGGCGAUCAGUUCCAGUGGUCGCUCUACUGGCAGGGAUGGGUCUUAAGUGCUUUCGCCUUUGGCUAUAUCACUAGUCAGGUCAUCGGAGCGACCGCUGCCUCAAAGUUUGGCGGAAAGACUGUAUUGACUUCCGCUGUGUUCUUGUGGUCAGUCUCGACACUCAUAACACCAUUGGUUGCCUCGCGUUUAGAUUUGCUUAUCAUAUGUCGAGUUGUCUUAGGACUGGGAGAAGGAUUAGGUUUGCCCACAAUAUUCCAUAUCUUCGCGCAUUCAGUUCCCGUUCCCGAGAGGUCCCGAGCCUUUGGUUAUUUAGUGGGCGCCGGAACUAUUGGACAGACAGUCGCAGCCCUGAUUUGUCCGCAUCUUCCCUGGGAAUGGAUGUUCUAUACGUUCGGAACUCUUGGAAUCGUUUGGGUAUUGGUUUGGAUUGUCUUGUAUUCGGAGGUGAAAGACGUGGGCGAAGACGAACUUCCGUUAGUGUAUCCCAAAGUGAACUCAAAGAACGUGCGAUGGAUUCAAUUCAUAAGCCAUUGGCCUCUAUGGGCCAUAUAUAUCGCGCACUUUGCCAUGAAUUGGUCCAAUUAUAUAAUCAUGCAGUGGUUGCCCACCUAUUUGGCCAGAAAUCUUGGCGCCGAUAAAGAGAGUAUAAGCCUAACGGCUGUGCCUUAUAUUGUCAACUCUAUGCUAGGAGUGGUGGCCGGACAUAUGGCCGACGGCCUGAUCGUCAGGAAGUGGACCGUCCUAUCGGUGCGCCGACUCAUGACUGUAAUCGGUUUGAUUGGACCCGCAAUCUGUUUACUGCUAUUCAGUUCAAUGAAGAGUCUAUUGUUCGCUGUUGUGUUUGUGUCGCUUUCGAUGGCCUUAUGUUCAUUCAAUAGCGCCGGCCAUCUGUCCAAUCACGCAGAUGUGGCCCCAAAUCACGCGGGAAUCACUUUCGCGGUUUCCAACACAUUGGCUACUAUUCCGGGAAUACUUUGCGGUCCAUUGACCGCCGAAUUGGUGACCCAAUCGCACGGCCGUUGGUUCCCAGUGUUUAUAGUGGCGGCCAGUAUUAACUUCGUGGGCGCCGUCAUCUACGCGAGUCAGAGCUCUGCCUCGCAGACCAUCUGA